UUGAUCCAACGUGGAGCUCAUGGUCAAGGCUGGCUGCCCUCGGCACGAGUAGCCCUUACAGCGAGAGGCACUCCCGAACAACGGCCGGGGUUACGGGAUUAUCACCACACAAACAGACUCAUGACACCGAUACAACACGCCGAUUACCGAUAUGUCUUAUAUGAACAUGAGAAGGUAGGCGGUAGGCGAUGGCCGGCGCCAGUGGAGACCAUGCGGCGACCAGCGACAGAGACCUCGCUCGUGCUGCCUCCGUUCGAGAUGCCCUCGGUCGUGCUGCCCUCGCUCAUGCUGCCCGCGCUCGAGCUGUCCACGCUCGUGCUGCCCGCGCUAGUGCUGACCGCGCUCGUGCUGCCCGGCCAGGCGGUACCGUUGAGUGAUAGUGAGGGGUGUGCGGUACGAGCACAGCUCCCGGGGGGCUGGCUGUGUGGUCUGAGGAACGGAACGAGCCACGCAAGCUUCCUUGGGGUCCCGUACGCUAAACAACCUCUGGGACAGUUGAGGUUUAAGGAGCUUCAGCCUCUGGAGCCAUGGGAGGGUUUGUACGACGCGACGUCCGAGGGUCCGAUAUGUCCCCAGACCGACAUCCUCUAUGGAGCUCUGAACCCUGGACAGAUGGACGAGGCGUGUAUAUAUGCGAACAUCCACGUGCCUCUACACGCUCUGCCGGGGAAUGAACCCGCGAACACUGAGACAGAGUUCCGCACGCCUCACGAGACAGGCUUGGAUGAAGGUCAGAACAGCGGGCUACCGAUCCUAGUGAUGAUACACGGAGGAGGAUUCGCUUUCGGUUCAGGAGGAUUGGGGCUCCAUGGACCGGACUAUCUGAUGCCCAAAGACGUCAUCGUGAUCACUUUUAAUUACAGGUUAAACGUCCUCGGUUUCCUAUCUCUGAACACUUCCUACGUGCCUGGAAACAAUGGACUGAGAGAUAUGGUGACGUUGCUGCGCUGGGUCCAGGACAACGCGUACGCUUUUGGAGGUGACCCUGGGAAAGUGACGGUCGUUGGCCAGAGUGCGGGGGCUACGAGUGCUCACCUGCUGACCCUGUCUACGGCUGCACGGGAUUGUUCAACAGGUCUGAUAUAA